AUGGACCACACCGGGGAGAGGCCGUACGACUGCCUCGAGUGCGGGAAGGCGUUCCGGGAGAGCUAUCCGCUAGCCAAGCACAUGCGCAUCCACACGGGCGAGCUGCCCUACACGUGCCCGCAGUGCGGGAAAGGUUUCCGCUGGCCCAACAGCCUCCAGGUCCACCUGCUGACACACACGACCCAGAGGCCCUUCCAGUGCCCCGAGUGUGGCAAGGCCUACCGCUGCCGCUCCUACUUCAAAGGCCACCUAAGGACCUACCAGGCGGCCCAGCCCCUCACCUGCGGGGAGUGUGGCAGAGUCUUCAACCACCCCAAGGUCUUCCGCCAGCACGUCAGGGGGCACCACGAGGAGCAGCCGUUCGUGUGCCACUGCGGGCAGGGGUUUGACCGGGCUGCAGCCCUGCACAGACACGUCCACCGGACCCACGCAGGGGAGAAGCGCUGA